AUUACGACCAUCAUUACUCCGACAGAACCCAAAUAAAUGAAGGAGCCUUGGCGUUGGUGGUUGGGUCUGCAUGUCUGUGGAGUAGCGGUAGAGCUUAUACUAUUAUCACGAACGAGACUGAGCCGUUGUGGUGGUCUGAGCGCUGGAGGAACUCGACUGUUAUUUAUUCUCGCCUUUCCUGUAGACAACUCUGUUUCCUUCGUUGGGCUGUCUGUCACCAUCCAUCAUCACUCACUACAGCUCAAAUCAUUUCAUUUAAAAAAGCAAGGCGUGGCUAGCUAGAAGAUGGGUGACUUGAGUCAAUCCAAGAGCCAUGACACCUCUGCCUCUUCCUCCAAUGGCAAUGGUGCUGCAUCAUCAACCAAUAGCAAGAAGAAUAAUCGAUCCAAGAAGCGUCGAGGAGGAGUGGCCGAUUACUUUACCAUUCUGGGAGUGGGGGAUGAUUUACUCUGGAAACACUCCCAGAAACAGCGGGAACAGCAACAGCAGCAAGAAAUGAUGUUGCAGCAGCAACAAGAAGGAGGAGAAGAAUCCAAUGAUGCUCCUCCCAAUCAGUCACAACAGCAACAACAGGAAGAUCCCAAUCAGGAAGAUCAGGCUGCUCUCAUGGAACGAUUCUACAGAGAAAUCAUUGAUGUCAGCAUUUUGACUCAUCGUGAACGUUUUGUACAUCAUCCACCUGCUUCUGUGGCACCGGCAUCUUCCAUUCUAUUGACGCCCUCCAUAGAUACGGAUGUCCACACCGUCGAUUCCUUGGCAUCCUCAAGGGUCCGACAUCAUGCACAACCACAACAGCCACCGAGCAUCAUGCCGUCUCCAUCCUCUCAUUCCGAGGCUACCACUGUCGCCACCACCAUUAUAUCCGCAUCGGAUGCAACCUACAAACACGGACACACAAAUUCUCUGCCACCUUCUGAAAUUGAUGGCUUUGCCAUUCUAGCCAAAACCAAUCCACCACAAAAGAAUCUACAUCAGAACAUGCACCAUGCACAGUGGAGUCCCAAUAACAAUGGACCAUCCCCUAUGGCAGGGGCUGGACCAGCUCUUUCCACAUCCUUUUCACAAGGAACAAUAUUGGACCAUACUACCUCAUCAUCGUUUCCAUGGAACCAGCCGGCGAAUAGACAACAUCAACAACAAAACAAUGACAGCUACAUUUUUGACGCCAAUCUAGAUGCUUCGGGGGGGCUCCGGGAUCAAGUGUACUCCACCAUUCUGCAGUGGGAAGAGGCGGCAUCCGAACUCAAUCAAGGAAGUACCGCCAGUGUCUCUUCCUCGGCGGCAUCGCUAAAGGGGCUACGACGCAAGGUCGAAUCCAGUUGGAAACGCUGGAAUGGCAACCACCACAAUCAGCAUCAUUAUUCUAUUCGGCAUAAUGCUCGACAUCAUCACCAUCAUUCGUUAAAGUUUUACCUCGGAUACAAACGAAGGACACCCGACAAAGAUCAUGUCCCAGCCGUGGCAGACUUGAAACUAUUCUACGUGCGAUUACCACGAGAAGCCACUUUGCGACCCCCGCAUGUCAAUGUCAUGCCCACCACGCCGCCGGGAAGCAGUACAGGAUUGGCGGGACGAGUGGCGGCGGCGGCGGGGCAUGUCUUAUUUCGAUCCCAACAACAAGAUGCCGAUCCGGAAGGCAGUCACCAUCAUCAUCAACAGGAAGAUUUUGAACGCGUCGACUUGGGCACGGCAGUGCCCCUUCCCGAUGGAUAUGAUCGAUGGUCUUUUCCAGAAGCCUUCAAAGUAGUCUACGUUCCAAGGUCCACAAACAACAACAGCAACAGCGAAGCCCAUGAUGGAGUCUUGAGGCAAAAGACGGUACUGUUGGCGUCUCCGUCGCAUGGACAACGACGGAGAGAAGCAGCUGCUGGGGCGCAAGAAGAGGAUACCCAGCAGCCGCCACAAUACCCCGACAUUGCUUCUAUGAAUAGUUCCGCCGAUGAAGCCGUAGAAGCCUAUGUUGCAGGCUCGUUUUCAGCUCCCAACUCACCGGUACAGCCACAGCCGGAUGCAUCACCCACCAAGAGACAAGCUGGCGAUACAAGUACGAAAGAACCAAAGCCAUUUGUACCCAAGCUCUUUACAGAUAUCCCCAGUGAGGAAGAGCAACACGAGGAAGCCCAACAACAGCAUCACCAUCCCUUCUAUCACGCGGAAGAGAAAUGGUGGUAUGUCCCGAUUCUUGCCGUACGACAUCAACGGACAGGCGAAGAAGAGAGGUAUCAUGAAGAUCCGGGCAUUAUUGAUUUAGCAGUGUCCUUUUGUGACAAGGCUGGAAUGGCGGUCUUGCCACAAGAGCAGAUUGAUUACUCAGAUGACAUUAUGAUGGAGGAUGACGAUGAAGAGUUUAGCCUCUUAUCCUCUACUGGCUGGCUGGUUGCCCGAAAAGGCGACAACAGUUCCAUACCGCAUCCAGGCGAGCUGGUGGGUACCGUUCAAUCCAAAAAGAAUAGCUUCGUCAAAGAGGUCAAGAAAUCGUUGGGAUCUCCAGCGAUUCUGGUCAAGCGAAACUGUCCUAUUGGAUUUGCCGACAUGGCUUUUGCGACGAAGGUUUUGGAUCGAUUCCCUCUCAAAAACUACAAGGGUUUACCCCUUCCCGAGGAAGAACUCCCCAUGUUUUGCUAUCCGACAGGUUGUAGACUUUAUCGAGCCAAGUUUUGCGACGCUCCCUUGCCCGAAUACUAUGGGUUUGUGGUCAAGAACGAACGUGGUGAUUCCAUUUACGUGUCGUGUGUUUCCUUCAUGGAACCAUUGACACGGAAAAAGGUUGCUCAGUUAUCUGAAAUGUCGGAGAAACGACGUCGUACAUGCUUGGCGCAUCGACGAUACUGCGAAAAGGUGGAGCGGAGGAAACGACGAAUGCAAGGUGGUCUUUAUUGCAGCGACGACGCCGAGCUAAUUUCUCAGGAAGAAGAAGAGAAGUUUGUACAGUUUGAUGAAGACGAGGAAGAUGACAAUGAAAGCGACAAUGGGAUUCUGACAAGCUUUGAUUCCAUGACAACGUUCGAAAACAAAACUAUCUGCUUGGUCAGCAGGUAUCCUUUCUGGACAGCCUUUAGGAGGUUUCUUUCUCACUUGCAUAUCUUAUCGGGGUCAUCGUCAGACUUGCCAUUGGAAAGAUGUCUAUCGCAUCUUCUCCUCACAGUUCCUGUGCCUAAGCCUGGGGGUCCGAACGUUGUCGUUCCCCUUCCCGCCUUGAAUCAGCCGAUGAUCAUGUCAUUGCCACCUUCGAAAGACUUUCCGCUCAUGGACCUUCCGUAUCAGCGGCUCGUGGCUUGCUUGGAUGUAUCUACCAUUGUCACAAUUGUUCUUGGACUUCUUGCUCUGGAACGAAAGGUGAUCGUCAUGUCCUCUCGACCGUCUCUUGUCUUGGACGCUUGCGAGUUGCUGAGAUCCCUUCUAUUUCCUUUCGAAUUGUGUGCGCCCUACGUACCUCGUCUUACCGAGCCGUUCAUGUCGUGUCUGGAGUUCCCAGGGGCAAUUUUUGUCGGCAUCCAUGACGAUGGAUGCCCUGAUGGGUUGGCCGCUACCGUAAGGAAGACUCCUCCUGAGGAUAGCAUCUUCGUAGACCUUGAUUCGGGGAGUAUGGACUGCAGUGGAAAUCGAUUCGAAGUGCUCACGGGUGCCUGGCAAGUAAUGCCCCCAGGGGCUCGCUCCAUGCUGGUAUCCGAGCUAGAAACACUCUGCCGAGAUGCCGACAUCAUUCCAGGCCAGGAGCCUCUUGACUCGCUGGUGGAUUCUGCGUUUGACGCGUCACUGCCACCUGGUUUGGUUGAAGCCGACGACUUUGAUCUCAUGCCCGAGCACCAUGAAUCGAGAGAAGCUUUAGAUGACCGGGCCAUUCGGGAUGCAUUUCUUCGGUUUUUCUGUUCUGUCCUACGAGGAUAUGAACGUUUUCUGGUUGUGCCGGAUGCAGACUUUCUAAUCUCCGGCAACGAGUGGUUUGAUACACAGGCAUUUCUUGCUUCAGCGCCAAAAGAGAACAUGGCUUACCUGAACUCGUUGGUAUCAACUCAGCUGUUCCAGUCAUUCAUUCAACGGCGGACAGAAGACAGUGACGUUCACUGCCUCAUGUUUGACGAAUGCCUGACAGAAUAUCAUUCUUCGCCAGUGCCGUACGGAAGACUUGGAGGCGAUGUGGAAACAGUUGUAUCUCCCGAUCAAACCCAGCCUCAUAUGCUUUAUAGUCUCCUCGUGGACCAGAGUGCCGCGGCACCGUACAACGAAAGCUCCUCAGCUCGACCCAAUCUUCACGACCAAUCAAUGCUUUCAACAGACAGAAGCAGCGUCGAAGAAACAAGCCGGUUUGACGCUGACAGUGAUAUUGAUUCAGGUUCCUAUCCCUUUGCCAAGCCCUCACUUAGCGGGGCAACUGACUUGAGCGGUAGUAGAAGGGAUCCUAGAGACAUCAGCGAGGUUGCGUCUCUGAAAAAUGCGGAGUCUAUCGUCACUGCGACUGGUGAUAUCGUCACGGCUCCACCGAGAGCUGGUUUGCCUGCCGGAGUGCAAUUUAUCUAUUGCGUGGAGGGAAACCCUUGUUUCCCCCACCGACUCAACAAGGGACUUUUUCUUCCUCGUGAACCGGAUUCCUGGCUGGUUGAGAUGUCCAAGAAGGCUCCAAACCCUUCACUUGCCCGCAGUGAACGAGAGAUUGAAGAAGCGAAUCGCCGCAAGAAGGCGGCCACCACACACCGAGGGUUCCAUACGCAGAAACGAUGUCAGUGGCAACUACCCAAGUUAAUGGGCUCCCACUUUCUAGGAGCAUGGCUUUUAUGCGUACCUUCACAAGUGUCACAAGCUGACCUAUCGCCUGACCAACAAUCAAGAUACCUCUUGCGGGCGCUCGGUGCAUUGCGGAUACUCAGGCACAAGCAAAGAAUCGUUCCUGACGAGGCUGCCUAUCGAGCUCUCAUUGUAGCAUGCGGAAGGACAACCUCCGAUCGAAGAGUGGAACUGGUCAAGUUGUUUGGCUUACUUCGUUCUGAUGGCAUUUUCCCCAGUGCAGUGACCCUGGGACAAUACACUCGCGCUCUGGCCGAGGGCUACUCGAAACGCGCAGCGGCUGAGUUACCGGAAAGUGACGGCAUUGGUGUAGAGGUGUCAGAAUCCAUGUCCAUGGUUCGUGGGUCAGGCAUGAGUCGUAGAAGCAGCACAAGUGGUUUGGGUGCCAAUUUCGACUCCUCGCUGUUUGCAAUGGAUGGGAACUUGGGCGAGCUUGAAAGUGCCGGAAGGCGAUGGCGACAGAAAUAUAGUCCCAGUUCCGAACGACCAGGCAACCCCAAAUCGCCCAAUGCCGGUCCUCAAAAGGCGCCACCGUCCGACAGGAAGAAAGCGUCAUCAGCAGCAGACGAGCGUUACAGGAAGCGACACAGGUCGUGGCUUCCGGUCGUCGUGUCGUCAUCUUUUGUUCCUAGCAACAUCGGUAUGCGGUCGUCUGCAACAUCCUUGCAGGACGUUGGGUCUGAGGGUGUCAGGCUGGUCGCGCUGUGGUCCAGGACUUGUGCCUGCGACAGUUGCGGUUACAUUCCUCUGGAGGAAGAAGUGCAGGCGGGUUGGGAUUCCUUGGGUGGCGACAGCGAUGCAGCUGCUGUAGGCUGUCCACGUUGCGGAUAUAUGAUCAUUCCGAUGCUUGGAUACCGAGAGAUGUCAUUGGAGGAAGCACUGGAGCUGAACGACCCAAGCCCUCAGAACAUCAACGAUGCUGAUUUUGCAGGCCUCCCACCGCAAGUUGGUCCCUACAUUGAUCCUGGCAAGAAGGGGUGUUCCUUCGUAACGUACAUCAGCCCUGCAACAUUACGAUGCGCCUUGGAACGAUACAUUGACGAAAUGGGGGAAGAAGUUCUUUCCAGAGAGCGUCUCAAAGAGCUGGAUCCAGAAGUUUUCUAUAAUCUUUUCUGGUACUGCGCCAGAUUCAAUCUCCCACUUCCUCUCCCUAUUAUUGGCGACUCAUCUCCGAAGCACUUCAUUGCGUUUGCCGCCUGGGAAAGAACUGCCGCUGAAAGAGGUUGUCAUAGUGGAGCAAAGAUUCUUUCGGGUCUCUUUGCUUCGUCGUUGGAUCAUCAAGCAUUGGACGUGUCCGGCGAAGUUGGAGCGAUUGACCCCUUUGAUGAUUUCCCGCUCCUUUCUAGGUACAACUUGCAAGGAUUUCACACGAGCGUCUGGGACCACCAAGAUCUUUCUGAGAUUCUUGUAUCGUUGGUAACCGUGUGCGACAGUGAUAGGAGGGACUUCAAGGUUGUGGUCGAGUGUGUCCUUCGGUGCAACCAAAGGCGGCGUGAAGCCUUUGGCGUCGGCGACUCUGGUAGCGAUGUAGGAGCACCCGUUGAUGUGCAAGCAGCGACCGAUGGUGCGCUGAGUCCCUCAGUGGAGCUUGAUUGCUACAAGACGAUUCUGUACCUUGCGAAGUAUCAAUGCACUACAGCCUUCCACACCUUCUUCCCUGCUGUUGCAAAGCCAUGCAAGGGCUAUCACUUUUGGUGCGCCAUUGGGACCCCGCUUCCGAUUUUUGACAGGCUUUUGCGCGAAGCUGUGAAGAGAGUCAACAGCAAGGAAAACACCUUCGCUCCAAUACCCGACCUCUCGGAUGUAGCGCUUGGUUUCAGAUGUGUCUUUGGGCACCUGAUAUGAGCGAAGCCCAAAUGAGUGAAGGGUAGAUACGGUACUACAACCGGUACAAUAGAAGAGAUGAUGUUUUUGAUAAACUUGCUGCUAUUCUGUCGAUGGUUCCGUCUAUGUCAUCACGAGUACCUGGUACCAGUACUGCACUAGCUAGACUGAAUAGUGUGGCGUUCACAAAAAAUAAAGUGUCAUGAUGGAUUACUAUCGUCCCCAUUCCCGAUACUCUCGUGAGCUCAGAUAUUCCGCGACGGUAAUGUGUGGCACUCGUCUGUUUGACCGCAGUGUCAUUUUGCAUUCGCAUGUCCCGACCACAGCUUUGCCUUCUCUAUUGAGAGCCACCGCUGGAAUUGGAGUUCCCAGUUUGCUAUGCUUGCACUGAAUGUUGCAGCACAAGGUGCAAGCCGUGCGAAGAUUUGGAUCUUGCCUGACGCGCC